GCUGUUGAAGGAAAACAAGAGUCUUUGGCACGUGUGGGUUCAGACUUCACCAUCUACGUUCAAUUUUUGGAGACCUUCGAACUUGAUCAUGACGUCCAAAACCGCCCCGAAGAUUCAAAAGAAGGCCUCGAAAAAGAGCAAAAAAUCGUGGCGAAAGAACACCGACAUCGAGGAUGUGGAAGAGUUCCUGGAAGAUCAACGCCUCGAAGAGAGAUUGGGCGGAGCCUUUAAAGCCCGCAAAGAUGAAGAUAUUUUCAUGGUCGACAAGGGCCCUGAGGAUUCGCCCCUAAUCACCAGGAAGACCAGGAAACAGUUGCGGGCUGAGAAGCCAUUGAAAUGCUUUCAUCAUCUAGAGACCAAGGGCAAAGUGGCCGACCCCGUGGGUCAAAGAACCCGAGUCAAGACUCAACAGGAGCGACAAAAUCCCAUGUUGAAAGCUCAAAUUACCCAGAAGCGACUCGGCGGAUGGAAGACAGCUAGCGAGAUUUCGGCCCAUCAGGAUCGUUCUACGGCUCUAAAAGCCAAGAAAGAUCAGCAAGCUGAGCGGAAAACACGAAGAAGAACAAACUUUGAUUUCGACUUGUGGACUGAAACCCCGGGUGAUGUGGAGAAAGAAAUCAUCCAGUCCGAUGAGUGGCUUAGUGAUACCACCAAGCGACACAAUCUAAAAGAAAGCGGCAAGUUAACUCGAAAGGUGCCCGAAGACUUCCAUCGAAAACCAUCCACAUUAACGGCUGUGAGCCAGCCUCAUCCGGGAGAGUCCUACAAUCCCAGCUACAAAGAGCAUCAAGACCUCAUGUGGCAGGCGGCCAUGGUAGAAAUGAAGAAGGAGAAGGAACAUCUUAAGAUCGAAUAUCACACCACCCGCAUGUUUCCCUCGGUCAAGGAUGCUCCCACGCAAGAGUCUUGGAUCAAUGAAAUGUCCGAAGGCAUCAAGGAAUUGGAAGCGGCGAAGAAGGAAGAAGAGGAGACGGGAAGCGAUGAAGAUGUCUUGGAAGAGAAAGGAGAGGACGAGGAAUUGACCCAAAGAGACAACAAGGUCAAGACCCGUAAACAGAGGAGGAAAGAGAUCCAACUUCUGGCUGAAGACAAGCGCGUGCGUCGAUUGAAAGAGGAGAAGAAGAAGAACCAGGACGUGUUCCGCACCAAGAAAUUCAAGCGAACCCUCGAGGCCCAGGAGAAAGUGACUCAAGCCAAGAUGCGGAAGCGCCGAUUGCAGAAAGAGGCCAAAUUGUCGCAACCCGCCCAAUUGAGCACUCAUAAGUUUGAAGAGCCUGAUUUGGACCUGAAAUUAACGGAGGAGCUCACGGGCAACUUGAGGAACAUUCGCCCCGAGGGCAAUAUCUUGGCGGACCGUUACAACAGUUUGAAGCGACGCAACUUGGUGGAAACGCGUGUUCCGCACAAAAACGUCAAGAACGGAAAGAAGAGGAAGCGUGUCGAAAAGCGGAACUACAAGAUGCCAUGGCAGAAGAAAGAUUAAUUCUGAUCCCAGUCCUCGACAAAGGGUUUUCAAAUAUGUAUUCCUUAUUUUCCUUCAUAUACAAAAGAAUAAUUAAUCAGAGUGGCUUGUUUAAGAA